CCGGCGGCCGUGGGGAGGGACGCGGCCUGGCCCGAGGGCCUUCUCCGGGGCCCUGGUGUCCCCGCUGCCAGCGUGCGUCCCGAGGACUGCGCAUUUCCGUCGUUGAGUGUUCAUAAUGAGUUCCAGUAUGAAGCAGAAACAAGAAAUCAAAGAGAAUGUAAAGAAUAGUCCUGUCCCAAGAAGAACUCUGAAGAUGAUUCAGCCUUCGGCAGCUGGAUCUCUUGUUGGAAGAGAAAAUGAGCCGAUUAAAGGUUUGUCUAAGAAGAAGCAUUGGAACGACCAGUUAACAUCUAAGCCUUCCAACACUGAAGCUGUCCCAGAAAACAGUGAAAAUAAAACUCUUGGAGGAGUCACCCAAGAAGCAUAUGAUCUUAUGAUUUCAGAAAAUCCAUCCUCUCAAUAUUGGAAAGAAGUGGCAGAAAGACGGAGGAAGGCUCUCUAUGAAGCACUUAAGGAAAAUGAGAAACUUCAUAAAGAAAUCGAACAAAAGGACAAUGAAAUUGCUCGCCUGAAGAAGGAGAACAAGGAAUUGGCAGAAGUAGCACAACAUGUACAGUAUAUGGCAGAGGUGAUAGAGAGACUGACUGAUAAACCGCUGGAUACCUUUGAAUCAACGGAUAGUCAGGAAUUUGAUUCUGAAGAGGAAACUGUUGAUUCUGAAGUGGAAGACUCAGAAAUUGGUACAUGUGCCGAAGAAAAAGUAUCUUCCUCCACGGAUGCAAAACCAUGUAUAUGAAAGUCACUUGUAUCUCACUUGAGACGUAUACUGCCAGGAUUGACCUCCACUAUAGUUCUUUGUAGUAGAGCUAAUAACGAUAUGAUGCAAACUUGGAAUCAAACGUUCCUUGUUUGAAUCCUGGGAUCCUUUGUAUUAAAAUACAAAUACUAUGUAUUUUUAAUCUAUGGUAUUUUAUGUAAAUAGCAUUUUCUCUGUUGUUAGACUUCUGUGUUUCACAAAUAAAUUUCAGUUUACUGUUGAA